AUGCGCCUCCUCGCCGCGCUCCUGCUCUUCGCCGCCGCCGCCGUCGCCGCGUCGUCGUCGUCGUCGGCGGCGGCCGAGCUGCCCGAGUUCAGGGAGGCGCCGGCGUUCCGCAACGGCGCGGGGUGCGCGGGCGCGCCCACGAUCCACAUCGCGAUGACCCUCGACGGCACCUACCUGCGCGGGUCCCUCGCGGGCGUCCUCUCCGUGCUCCGCCACGCCGCCUGCCCGGAGUCCAUCGCCUUCCACUUCGUCGCCUCCUCGGCCUCCCCGGCCCGCCGCCUCGCCAGGCUCCGCGCCGCGCUCGCCGCCGCCUUCCCCACGCUCCCGGCCACCGUGCACCGCUUCGACGCCCGCCUCGUCCGCGGCAAGAUCUCCUCCUCCGUGCGUCGCGCCCUCGACCAGCCCCUCAACUACGCCCGCAUCUACCUCGCCGACAUCCUCCCCCGGUCCGUCCCCCGCGUCCUCUACCUCGACUCGGACCUCCUCGUCGUCGACGACGUCGCGCGCCUCUGGGCCACCGACCUCGGCCCCCAAGCCGCCCUCGCCGCGCCCGAGUACUGCAACGCCAACUUUACCCUCUACUUCACCGACGCCUUCUGGCGCCAUCCCGCCUACUCCUCCGUCUUCGCCAACCGCACGCGCGCGCCCUGCUACUUCAACACCGGGGUCAUGGUCAUCGACCUCGACAGGUGGCGGGCUGGCGGGUACACGGCCAAGCUCGAGUACUGGAUGGACGUGCAGAAGCAGGAGGCCAGGAUAUACGAGCUGGGGUCUCUCCCGCCGUUCCUCCUCGUGUUCGCCGGCGACGUGAAGGCCGUGCAGCACAGGUGGAACCAGCACGGCCUCGGCGGCGACAACGUGGCGGGGCAGUGCCGGGAACUGCACCCGGGGCCGGUGAGCCUGCUGCACUGGAGCGGCAAGGGGAAGCCGUGGCUUCGCCUGGAUGCCGGCCGCCCCUGCCCGCUGGACGCGCUCUGGGCGCCCUACGACCUGCUACGCCGCCGCGGCGCCCGUGACGACCUCCUCGCCGCCGUGGCCUGA